UGCACAUCACACAGCUGCCGAGCGCUGUGCAGGGCUCUGCCUGCCAAUGAAACAAACUCCUUUAGUGAAACACAUGCUGAUGCUGGAAGGAGGAGCUGCCCACACUUUCAGACUGUUUCAGAGCAUGUGUCUCCAUCCUUUGCAAAGGUUUCAGACUUGAAACAGAUCGGAUCGUUGCUUCAAGCCACAGCUAGAGGGGAAAAAAAAACUUCGGCUCUGGAUCUUUAAACCAGGAGGAGAUGGGUUUGCAUAAAGAGCUUCAGAGUCAGGAGGCUCUUUCUGGUUCGGUUUAAGGGGUUGGAGGAAGUCUCUCUUGGGUUAGGGGAGCCAGCUGGGCUGGAGGACAGAUGCCUCACGACUCCGCCAUGAACAGCACACACCAAGCACUGCUGCUGCCCGAGCCAUUCUUCAACAGCACAGGUGACAUCAAUGAGACUGGGGCGCUGGGAAACCGGAGCACACCUGGCUUUUGUGAGCAGGUUCUCAUCAAGGCAGAAGUCUUUCUGACCCUGGGAAUCAUCAGCAUGCUGGAGAACAUUCUCGUCAUCCUGGCCGUCAUCAAGAACAAGAACCUACACUCCCCCAUGUACUUCUUCCUCUGCAGCCUGGCCGCUGCCGACAUGCUGGUGAGUGUGUCCAACUCGCUGGAGACUAUUGUCAUCGCCAUCCUCAACAACCGCUACCUGGUCGUCAAAGACCGCUUCAUCCAGAUCAUGGACAACGUCUUUGACUCCAUGAUCUGCAUCUCCCUGGUGGCAUCCAUCUGCAACCUGCUGGUCAUCGCCAUCGACCGCUACAUCACCAUCUUCUAUGCCCUGCGCUACCACAGCAUCAUGACAGUCAGGAAAGCCCUCCUCGCCAUCGGGGUGAUCUGGCUGGCUUGCAUCAUCUGCGGCAUCAUCUUCAUCGUCUACUCUGAGAGCAAGACCGUGAUCAUAUGCUUGAUCACCAUGUUCUUCACCAUGCUGGUCCUCAUGGCCACCCUCUACCUGCACAUGUUCCUCUUGGCCCGCCUGCACAUCAAGCGGAUCGCGGCGCUGCCGGCCGAGGGCAUCGUCCAGCAGCGGACCUGCAUGAAGGGAGCCGUCACCAUCACCAUCCUCCUGGGGGUGUUCAUCUGCUGUCAGGCUCCCUUCUUCCUCCACCUUAUCCUGAUAAUCACCUGCCCGAAGAACCCGUACUGCCUCUGCUACAUGUCUCACUUCACUACCUACUUAGUCCUGAUCAUGUGCAACUCGGUCAUCGACCCCAUCAUCUAUGCCUUUCGCAGCUUGGAAAUGCGCAAGACUUUCAAAGAGAUCAUAUGUUGCUACGGAAUGAGCUUUAGCUUCCGGUGCAAAUAAAAGAUUCUGCCUCAUUCGAUUUGUUUGUUGGCUCCCCUGUGCAGAGCUGUUGCUUUAAGUCCUUUUCAUUUUUAGCCCAUGAUUAACCCGUAAAGUAGGGUCUUGCAGCACUUUGACCACUAAGGAAGAGAACAGUAGAUAAAGGUAGGAAACAAACUGACAGUAAAUAAACUAUUAGAAGAGAAAAAUGAAAGAAUUCUUCAUUUUUCUUAUCUAAGAAAAGCCUAUUUUUAUACAACAACCUAUUUUUCUAUGUGGAUAUAGGAGUUAGAUGCACUUAAAAAUGUAAAUUAAAUGGAACGUGAUUUUUAAAUUUCAAGGCAAAUUCAGCACUGCUUUAAUAAAUGGGCUGAAAAAAACAGAAAAUAUAGAUUAUGAAAACGAAGACGUAUAUUAAUAACAUUUUUCUGUCUUUUAACAAUUUAUGUAUUGAGAUUGCUGGCAGAAAUUUCACUUAUACAGAUUUACAAAAGCCUUUUUAAUGCUUCAUCAUAUAAUGAAUGGUGAUGCGUCAAAGCCUGAUACAUUCAAGAUUUUAUUCUUACGGCUGUAUCAAUGCCUCCAAUAAAUUAAUAAAGCGUUAAAGAUUUUUUUCAUUUAUUAUUGUCCAAGUAAAUCUUAGUAGAAAAUGCUUACUAAAGGAUUUAACUCACUGUCUGCAACAUUCCCAGUGACAAAUAUAUUUCUUUCUAAAGAGAGAAAGAAGAAAUACUACAGGGAAACUAUAGACACAAUAAACUGCCAUUAUUUAAGCAGAAAAGAGAAUUUAGAACUGUCACAUUUAAAGUUCCUCUUAAAGAUGAUGCCUUGAAAAAUCUUUGUGGCUUUUUCUUUGACUUUCUGGAAAUACAUGUGCACUAAUUAGACUGAAAACCAAGAAGAUAAAGCUAUUGACUGAUUUUCAGACCCCUUUGCCACUGUGAAAAAAAACAAAUGUCUGUAUUUUCUGACAUCAAAUGGGGGUGGAAAUAAGCUCUUCUGAACUCCAAGCAACAUCAACUGAAGAGAGAGAUGUUCUGGGAAAUUAUGUUUUAUUGAUCUAAUUAACUAAUUAAACUCAAGACAAUGACAAGUGACUCUUGAUGUGAAGCAUCUGUUGUGUGCCAGACCUGAACAGUGAACAGCUUCUUAAAACACUCAGAAAGCUAUGAAAUACUUUAUAUACUGAUCUAUCUUUUGCUUUUUCUGGAGAGAAAGACUUAAAAAAGUGAAUCUGGUAAAAACUAUCAAUAUUUCAUUAGCUAGUUUGGACAAUCAUUAAAGUCACUAUUCACAGAUAUCAGCUUAAAAUACUAUCCUGACACACGGAUGUUGGAAAACCUUUAGAGUUGCUUUCAAAUAAUAAUAAUAACCAGAACCCCAACCGUGAUGAUUUACACAUAACAGUUUCCAUUUACAACUUGAAACUACACAAUAAGACAUGACUAUACUGUCCUCUAUAUUCUUUUUUGUAUGAGCCAGCUGAAAUGUGACAAGUGCUUUAAAAUGUUUGAUUUUGCUUCUUCAGAAUUUGCUGAAUACUCCCCUGAAACCCCCUUUGAUAUUGUGCUGGACAAAAUAAUACUGUAUUUUACCUGAAUAAGUAAUACCUGUAUUUUACAGGUCUUUUUGACUCAUGUUCUUGCAGAAGGAGAAAUUAUUUGCUAUUUUUAAAUCCCUGAUAUAGGUUACUCCAUUUCUGUUAGGACGUUUAUUAUACUUCAUGAGAAUAUAAUUUGGCAUUAAAAGAUAAUGUCUACAGAAACUUAAUUUCUGUACAAAUUGUUAUUAAGGAGCUGUAGCUACAGUAUAUGUAUUGAUGCUAAGAUCAUUCAAAACAGUCACAAAUGGGUUGUGGCUCCAGCAGGGGUGUGUACAUUGCAUUAAGUCCAGCUCAUAGUAUCUGACUACAGCUUUGUCAAAAUUUCAAAAUGAAAUAACUUGUGUUGGGUUUGUAAUUAUUUUGUUAUGUCUGAUGCUGAAAUUGUCAUGUUUGUCUUGGGUCUGUGUCUUUCAGUAUUGAAAAUCAAAAAUAAUCUUCUAGUCUAAAAAUGUUUGUAUAUAUCCCUGUCACCAGAGAUUUUUGCUGAGAUAAGUUACACCCAGCUCAUCUUUGUCUUUGGUGGAGAUUCACAGGGUUCUCUCAAACCUAAACCUUUUCUCAAACCUUUAAAGUUUCUUUUCCUUCUGCAACCAGGUCAGGAGCCCCUGAUUUGCAACAGACAACCAGGCUAAACCAGAGUAAGGCUCUAUCUGAGUCUACACAGAAUUAUCAGGAGGACUGAUUUGACAGAAAUUAUUCCUAUGAUUACAAUAUUUAUGACUUUGUAAGUAUAUAGAUAAAAAAUUAAAAUCCAUACCAGAGACAGAGGCUUGAGCAGACUAGAUAGUAUGGUACAGGAU